CUUUGUCGUCUCCCCAAACACUUGUCCAGCAACCGCACAAGCGCGAUGUCUUGGUGCACGAUUGAGUCGGAUCCAGGUGUGUUCACUUCGUUGAUUGAAGACAUCGGGACCAAGGGAAUCCAGGUCGAGGAACUGUAUUCGUUGGAUGAAGCAUCGUUCCAGCAUAUCUCUCCAGUGUAUGGCUUGAUCUUCUUGUUCAAAUGGUCGCCUGUGCAUGCUGUUGCACCUACGACUGGUUCAGGACAGCAUCAGUUUGUGUCCCCCGAUCUGUUCUUUGCCAAGCAAGUGAUCACGAAUGCAUGUGCGACGCAAGCCAUCUUGGCAAUUCUGCUCAAUCUUGAAUCUCCCCACGUCGUUCUUGGCGACACCCUGUCGGAAUUUAAAGCAUUCACACGCGAAUUCCCGCCCGAUUUGAAGGGGCUCGCGAUUUCCAACAGCGACACCAUCCGCACGGUGCACAACUCGUUCGCGCGGGCCGAACCAUUUGUGAUUGACGAAGACAAGCGACCGGCCAAGGACGACGACGAGGUGUACCAUUUCGUUGCAUAUGUGCCCUUCCAAGGAAAGGUGUACGAGCUGGAUGGUCUCUCCGACGGCCCUGUAUGCCUCGGCGACGUGGCGUCUCUGGAACCCACAGCGUGGUUGAAAGUCGCGACACCCGUGAUCCAGCGACGCAUCGAAAAGUACGCUUCGUCCGAGAUCCGCUUCAACUUGAUGGGCCUCGUCCGGAACCGUGUGCAGUUGGCGCAAGACAACAUUGCGGCACUGUUGGAACAGGAGCAGACGGCGGCGAUCGUCGGGCAGAUUCAGUCGUGGCAGCAGUGCAUUGCGACGGAGGCCCAAAAGCGAGCGAAUUGGAAAAAGGAGAACUUGCGCCGCAAACACAACUACGUUCCUUUUGUCAUCAAGUUGCUGCAGACGCUGGCGAAGAAGGGGCAGCUCGACCCGCUCCUCCAAGCUCAACUGGAGAAAGCCACCGCGGCGCAGCAACACGCCACGAAGGCGUAGGAAGGGGUGUUUAAGAGAAUUAGCAUCAAACGACUCGUCCUGCCGUCACGUGAAUGGACGAAGAGAGUCCGCA